AACCUGUUGGCAGCAGCCGUUAAAACGUAUAGUCGUGCUGCAUAAGAGAGCCCUAGUGCUGGGCCAAGCUGGUGUAGGAAACAACAAAGGGCGUUUCCCAAACUCUACCCAGGCCGCAAUAUACAGCCACAAGUGCUGAGCAGGAGAGUGCAAAGGCACAUCGAAGAGGAAGAGUGCAAAGGCACAUAGAAGCAGGAGAGUGCAAAGGCACACCGGUGCGAAGGCACUUCGGUGCAGAAGCAUAUCGGUGCGGAGCACUAGGAAGAAGGAGACAAGACAACUCGGUCAUUCCACUGCCAUACAACACGCAGGUAUACACCGGUGACCUGCGCUGGUUACAGCUGGCGAAGACGAAAGCAAAUCGGAAUUCGAGUGGUGCUGGAUGUCAGAUACAUCCAACAAGAACAUCUAGAGCAACGAGGAUCUACACGGCAGUGCAACGGAGAUAGACAACAAUUUCAAGGUCCAUCAUCAUGGCUGAUAAAACACAGAAUGGUUCCGAUGCCGUGGACAAGGCCGCAGUCGAAGUAGCCCAAAUGGCAUUGGAAGACGAUAGUAAAGCCGCGCCGGUUGAAUCGAAAGGGGCCACACCGAAAACAACAGAACACAACGACACUUCCAAAAAGGAAGGCAAUAAUUCAACACCCAGCAGUACUCCUCCGGUAUCGGCUGCAGCGUUCAAGGAGCAGUUUAGAGCAUUCUCGAAGUUUGGUGACACCAAGUCCGAUGGCAAGCACUUGACCCUGUCCCAGAGUGAUAAGUGGAUGAAACAAGCAAAGGUUAUCGACAAGAAGAUUACCACCACCGACACGGGUAUCCAUUUUAAGAAGCUGAAAUCAAUGAAACUUACAUUGGAAGACUACAACAAGUUUCUCGAAGAUCUUGCGAAAACUAAAAAAGUCGAGUUGGAGGAUAUCAAAGGCAAAAUGGCCAACUGCGGUGCUCCUGGCGUUCACAAUUCCACCCCCGGCAAGGCAGCCGAAACAGUAGCCCGAUUGACCGAUACUUCGCGGUACACCGGUUCACACAAGCAACGAUUCGAUGAGACGGGCAAAGGCAAAGGAAUAGCCGGACGUAAAGACGUAACGGAUGACUCCGGUUAUGUUGCCGGUUAUGCCCACAAAAACACUUACGACAAACUACAUUAGAAAACAAAUCUACUUCCUAUGCUCUUUCCAACAUUCAAAUGUAUUGUUCAACGCGUAACAAAGAUAGCACAACAAGUGAGAAAUCAAAAUAUAUUGAGUGAUCCGAAGUCUUCAGAAGAUUCAUAAGUUAUAUGAUUACUUAGUUUCGAAUGUAAUACGCUCUGUUUUGUUGCAUUUUCUCUAUUUUAGAAAUGAAAAACCGAUCGUUCCGAAUGUUUUGUUUCAAGUUAUGUUCAUGUUUUCAAAGGUGACCUCUAGUCUUCGUUACAUACAAAAUAGAGAAUAACUUAAAUUACUUAGAAAUAAUGAGAAUACAUUACAUCUACUGUAUAUUUCGCACCCAAAACAUUAUAUUUUGUACCCGAAGAACAAAAUAUAUGCAGUUCAUUGUGAAUGACUACAAAUUUAGAGUUAUUUAAGAGACCCAAUGAUAUAAAAACAAUGUAUUUGUAUUUUCCUGCUAAUUAUACUCGAAGUGAACAAA